AAUACCUCGUUUCCCCGUUUCCCCCCAAAGCGGUCCUUGCACUGCUGCGACUGUGAGUGUUUGUUUUAUAAUGUUUUUAAUUAAUUAAUUAAUUAGAGGAGUAUAUAAAAAACCGAAGAAGAAGAAGAAGAAGAAGACGAAGAAGAAGAAGAGGAGGAGAAACCCUAGAGAUAGAGAGAGAGAGAGAGAGGGAGGGAGCGAUAAAAAUGGCGGCGUCGUUCCAGAGAUUUAAGCUUCUCGCCACCCAGUGCGCGUUGGCGAGAAGCAGCCCCUCCCGAAGCCCCUUAUCUUCUUCCUCCUCCUCCUCCGCCGCCGCCGCUGGGGGGAGAAGCCCCGGUCUAUGCCUCCGCCGCCGCCGCCGCCGCAGCAGCCGCAGCCGCCGCGGCGGGACACUGCGGAGGCUCCUUAGCCGCGCGCCGCCGAGCCCUAGGUGGGCCGACGAAGCGGAGGCGGCGGCGGAUCCGGAGGAGGAGGAGGAGGAGGGGUUGCUGAGCCACAAGCUCAGGGAUCUCCUCGUCGCGUCUCCGCCCCCGCCCCCGCCCCCGCGUGGGGCGUCGGGGGGGGAGGAGCGAGGAAGCGCGGCGAGGAGAGCGGAGGUGGGAGAUGCACCGCCACCACGCUGCGCCGGCGCCGGCGCCGGCGGCGGUGCGUGGGGGUUCGGAUCGGGGUUAGGAUUGGGGCUGCGGCGGCGGUUGCUGCUGCGGCGCGCUUGGCGACCCAUGCUCGUCGCCAUUCCCGAAUAAAAAAAAAAGAAAAAAAAAAAAGAAGAAGAAAAGGAGAGCUGAGUCUAUGUUGUGGAGCUUCAUUGAAAAUAUUUUCUUUAAUGAUUAACUGACUUUUCGUGUAAUUAUUAGUUUUUUCUCAUUUAAAAUUGGCAAAAAAAAAAUAUAAAAAAAUAACAAUAAUUAGCGUAAUAGGGAGAUUUUUCUUUAAAAAAAUUUCUCUGAUGAAUUUUCUGAAUAGUACCAAGCUCUCAGAAUAGCUUCUCUGUAUAAAAAGUUGGGUAGUCGCCAAAACAACAUCGUGAUAGCUUCAAAGCUUCUUAACUUUAAAGAGAUUUUUAAUUAAGGCUUGUUACUUAUAUUCUAUCCACUCGAAUUUGAAAAUAUAAG